GAGUCCAUAUAACAUUUCUAACAUUUAACAAAUGGCUGCGCCUGUGAAGAGAUUUGUUUUUUGUAUUUGUACCACGUAGGUCAUUUUUUAAAUGCUCUUACACACUUCAUUUCAUUGCUACUUUAUUCCAAUCGUCAAUUUAUACAUUGCAUGGUCUUGCUGUGCGUGCAAUACAAUGUAAAGCUGUGUUGUUUGUUUUCGGGCUGGUUUGCUAAAGAGCCUAAUGUAGCUAACAAUAAACAACGACUAGCCAAUUUCAUGCCACAAUCACAAAGACGAACAGGAACGCUGAUGAAUGCUCCGAGACCGGAAGCGACGUCAAACGUGCAACUCGGAAGGCUGGCGUCCGAGGAUUCAGGAACACACCAUUAGAUUCAACUAGCUUUAUUUUUUCAAAUCGCCGCGCGUUUCCGGGGCACUCCGAGCGGCACCUAGCAACAAGCUCCAUGGAUACAAACUGUCGUUAGGCGCGCUUACUGGCGCACAAGACGCACAAUAACAUGAAGGAGCCCGAGUCGAGUGUCCGGUCGGCAGCAGAGUCGGACACUAGUAGUCAGUGCAGCUCGCGGUCGUGGGUGGAGCCCCGUGGAGGCGGACGGGGUCUGGGGGGCGGUCCGGAGCGCCAUGCCCCGGGACCCCCUGAACAAAAGCCACACCGAGACCCCUCUUUCCAGCUGGAGUUCCAGGACAGCGGUCUGUCCCCGCUCCUGUCCCUGGUGCCGUCCCACCCCAGCGGACCCCACCACUCCCUGGACUACUCCCUCCUCCAGGGCACCGGCCUGGAGUUCGUUCCUCUGAGAGCCUCUCCAGACCUCUCCCCCUACAUACCAUCCCCUCGCCAUGACGACCAUCGCCACGAAAACCGCCCUGACGGAGGAGGGGGAGGAGGAGGGCGGGAGCAGCUGCUGGUCCCUCUCCCAGCACAGUCUGUCACCCGGAGACAGCCGCAGAAAGAACCACACGGAAGGAACCCGGGCCCAACCGCCAGCUCCCGCCGACGCCGGCCAGGAAACGGAAACACGGGUUCGAGGGAGACGCUCCUGCGAGGGCGGAACCCUCGCACGAUUGGUCGUACGGCGGACACGCCCUCCCCGACGGUCUCCGGGAGAAAUAGCAGCGCUGAGUCGUUUGCCUUCCCCCCCCCCCCCCCGGAAAGCUCUGUCAAGAGGACACCCAGCAGCGCCACUAGGGAGGCUAGAAGCGGCGCCGGCGCUCCUAGGUUGAGCGCGGGAAGGCGGGAAAGUCCAAGGGGCGGCGGCGGCGGCGGCGGCGCUGUAGAGUCCCGUCAGCCGGUCCGCUCGGCCCCCACGGGGGAGGGGGUCCCCCCGGAGGCGGCCAACGUCACGGUGGGGUCCCGGGACACGCACCCGGACGAGAGCAGCCAGGCCCUCCGCCGGGAGCUGCUGUCGGAGGCGGAGCUCAGCCGGACCAGCCGGGGGGGAGGAGCCACCCGAGACCACACCCACACACCCCUCCCCGCUCCGGCGCCCGGGACGGCCAGAGGGAGGCCGGUCGGAGGGAACCUGGCCGGCGUUCCCGCUGCGUCCGGUCCCCCUCUGCCGCUGGGAUACGGGGGCGUGCCCGGGACCGGGGGGCGGGACUUUUGGUCUUCGGGGAACCAAUUCGACGGGUCCCAUCUGGGGCUCCUCCCGCAGUCCCAGUCCACGCCGGGGGUGUUCGACGCCCCGGCCAGGUCCCGGGUCGCGGGUCUGCUCCGACUCCGAGGUCCAGCCAGGACGGAGACCUCACCGGACCCGGGCGCCGGCCAACGGGACGCCCCGACGUCCGGGAACGUCCCGACGCUCCCCACCCUGAACUACAUGGAGAAGGUGGACGCCUGGAGGGCCAAUCAGAGCGCGGCGGGGCAGCCCUCGCUCUCCGACAGCCUGGCGCUGCAGGCGCCCAAGAAGCGGGCGCACGACGCCGUCGCCGACACCCUCAGCCGCAUCCUGAGGCAGCAGGUCCACCCUGACUCCGCCCCCUCCGGCGCCACGCCCUCCUCGUCCCCGCGGCGAGGGGAGGCAGCGGGCAGCGGCCCCGCCUCCCCACUGGGCCGCUCCCAGUCGCACUCGUCCCUCAGCACGGUGGUCGGCCCGCUCCAGACGCACGCCGCCCCGCCACGCCCCUCGCCGCUUGCCGCCCUGGGGCGCUUCAGCGACGGCUCCCCGGAGACGGACGCCAGCGGGACGCUGUCCCCCUCCCGGGACGGUCACCGCGACCUCCACCGGCUGCUGGCCGCCUCCACGGGCCCCUCCUCCGUGGUCAGCCUGGAGGUGGACAACUACGCCCCCUACUGGACGCCGUCCAGGCCCGCGACGCCCCCGCCGCCUCCUCCCGCCCCCGCCCCCACCAGGGCCAGGGAGCUGAACAUCGAGGAAAGGAUCCCGUUGUACCUCCAUAACCUGGGCAUCGACCAGUCUCCCUCCACCAUCCUGACCCCAUUUGGCCCCCGGGGGCCCAUCAGAGAGCCCGAGUUCUCCCCCACCGACCUGCUCACCAUCGAGGGCUCCGUGGGCACCAAGAGCAGCCAGCCCUGGGAAGGCGACAGCCCCCAUAAGCCGGACGUCUCCCAGUGCAGCGUGCUGUCUCUGGACUCCAGCGUGUCGGUGACGCUCAGCGUGGACAGCCUCUGUCCAGCGGCUCACGCCCAACCCACCGCCUCCCCCUCGCCGGACCAGCCCCCAAACGACUCCCAAACAAACCACAGCCUCGCUAGCCACACCCACGCUAGCGGUAGCCGUUCUCGUGAUUGCCAUGCUAUAGUUAGCCAUGAUAGUGGUAGCCAUGCUAGCGGUAGCCAGGUGAGCAGUAACCGUUCUAGUGAUCGCCAUGCUAGGGUUAGCCAUGCUCGUGCUACGCACGCUAGCGGUAGCCAUGUGAGCAGUAACCGUUCUAGCGAUCGCCAUGCUAGGGUCAGCCAUGCUAGUGCUAGGCACGCUAGCGGUAGCCAUUUGAGCAGUAACCGAUCUAGCGAUCGCCAUGCUAGGGUUAGCCAUGCUAGUGCUAGGCACGCUAGCGUUAGCCAUGCUAAGGUCCGAGGUGCUCACGAUCACCAUGCCGGCGGUAGCCGCUCUAGCAGUAGCCAGACUAGCAUUAGCACUAGCGUUGGCGCUAGCCACGUCCCCGUCCGACUCAGCGACCGGUUUGAGGCUAGCAGCUCGUCCACGCUGACUGACAGCACGGCGAGAGACAGGAAGUCGUUGGUGUCACCGCCGCAGGCUAGCUCCUGCGCUAGGAGGACCGCCGCGGAGGCCCCCGUGGGCAUUUACACACCUCUCACCCAGAACCCCCUGGGAGUGUCCUCCUCCUCCUCCUCCUUGCCCAUGUCGCGACCGCACUCCGACGACGACCUCCUCCUCGCUCUGAGGAGGAGGGGGGGCGCGGCCGUGUUCCAAGACUCCGCCUUCACCUCCUGGGCGGGGGCGGGAGGACUGGAUGGCUCCUCCUCCUCCUCUCCCCCGCGGUGGGCCCGCUCCUCGUCCGACUCCAUGCUGGCGCCGAGAGAUUCGGGUCCGUCGCCACGGCGACCGGACCACCCGCCGUCACAGCCCGCCGGCCAACCGACAGGGCAGGAGGCGGGCUCUGUGAGCGGGUCGUCGCAGCCGCCCCUCCUCGUCGCCAAGACAACGAGGAGGGCGGAGCCUGAGGGCUGCAGUGCCGCGCCCCCUGACGGAACCAACGUUCCCCUGACGACCACGAUCGCCGUCCCCGCGGUGAAGAUGUCCGCCGGUCCUCAGACGACUCCUGACCCUCGGCUGACCCCUGACCCUCAGCUGACCCCUGACCGCCAGCUGACCCCUGACCCUCGGUUGACCCCUGAACCUCAGCUGACCCCUGACCGCCAGCUGACCCCUGAACCUCGGCUUACCCCUGACCCUCAGACGACCUCUGAACCUCGGCUGACCUCUGAACCUCGGCUGACCCCCGAACCUCGGCUGACCCCCGAAACCACUGAGGCACCGGAAGAGGAGGAGCCAGGAAGCCCCGCCCCUUCCCCCGCCUCUGUGGUGGAGGCGGAGCCUGCGCACGGCGUGCUGAGCGACGGGAACAGCAGCGACAGCUCCCUGGCCGUCCGCGUCGCCAAGCUGCUGCAGAGCGAGUCCUCCUUCACCAUGACGACCAGCAGCUCCAGCACCGCCACCGACCGGGAGGACCCCAGGGCCCGAGAGUGGCUCCGGCUCAAGGUGUCCGGUCAGCGGUGCGAGUCCCUAGAGAUGGACACUGAGGACAGGCGACGCAUCGAGGAGAUCAAGAGGGAGAUCCUCCUACUACGCCCCCUGCAGAACAUCACCAGCACGGACACGGAGAGCAGUACCGUGUCCAGCCUGCGGGGGCGCCCUCUCCGCCCGACUGGCGCAGCUCCCCCGGGACCUCGACCGGGCCUGGAGGCCCGGGUGCGAGAGAUCGCCGCCCGCGAGGGGGUGGCCCUCCCCAGGGCCCCCCCGCCCACGUUCAGCUCCAUCACCAUCUCCACCUGCCGCCGCUCCCCCUCCCCCGCUCCCCCCGUCAGCCCCGAACCCGAACCCCUCCGCCUCACCCACCUCUCCACGGACCCCGGCCCCCCGCCUGCACCGCCCUCCUCCUCCACCUCCGGCUCCGGGCCGGGCUCCGACAGCAGCACGCUGCACGGAGGGAGAGAGCCGACAGGAAGUCACGCCGGCCAGCUUCCUGCGUCCUCGCCGGUGCUGGGAAACCUGGCUUUCGGGAGACACACCCCCCUGCCCCCCCCCCACGGGACGGGCUCCUCCGACUCCCCGUCGCCCCCCGACUCCCCAAGCACCGGGGGUCACGUCUCCCACCUCCACCUCACCCUGUCUCCCAAACCCCCGGGGCUCAGGGCGCACGCCGGCGGCCCCCCGGCCCAGGGCGGGGGGCCGCCCUCCAGAGAGUUCUCCCCCCUCCCAUGCACCACCACCUUCAGCACCGCCGCCGCUGCUACUGGAUCUGGUGGUCCGGCCAAGCCAUGUGACCCCAGGGAACCAAUCGGAGGACGCGCUCCGCAGCGAGCCGACACCUCCGCGCUGUUCAGGGCGGGGCUGACUGCGGACGCGAGGACCUCCUCCACACCCAGCCGUCCCCCGCAAUCCUUCACUCCAUCCCGGCGGCCGGGAGCUGCUCACGGUGCAGCUCACCCUGUUCUCCUGCCCUACAAGCCCCGCGGCAGCGAGGAGCUGUUCUACGUUCUGCAGAGCGAGGCGUCCUUCUCCCCCGAGCGCUGCAGCAGCACCGCUGAGAGCACCCAUCCAGGCUCUGAUGACGCCGUGCCCCCCCGCUUCGGCCCCGGCGUCCUGGGGACCACGGACCCCGGCGUGGACCGGGGCGUGAGCUUCAGACACACCGAGGGGGUCUACAGCAAGAGGCUGAGGACGGGCGGGGUCCCCGGGUCCCCGCUGGUCCCACACACAGGUGCUGGAACGGCUGACACCGGCUCACAACCUCGUCCAUCCUCUUGGCUCUCCUCUGCGCCGUUACCCAGCAUGCACCUGUCCGGCGCCACGAGAGACCAGGGUACAAGCCCCCGGCACUCCUUUAACGACAGCCAAUCAGAGGAGAGCAGUGGGGAGUUUCAACCAAUGGCGUAUGAGACGGACCGAGGCACCUCGACAAGGGAGUACGCCGACGCCCACAACUCCGUCUCUUCGUCGGGAUUGGAGGGGGGGCGGGACUUUGGCCAGCUGGUCCAAUCGCAGCAGACUGGUGCGUCUCUGGGCCAACUGUGGCAAAGAUUCAACGAGGGGCGGAGCCUGGUGGACCCCCAUCCGACCAAUGAGAGCGAGCCGUCUCUCCUGUUGCGUCUGGAGCGCCUGAAACGCCUCCUCCACGGAGAAGGAGUCGCCGAACAGGAGGGUAGACGGUCAGAGGUCACGGGCGACGACGGCGGCGGCGGACACCCCCGGUGGAGUGCGCGGACACAGGAAGAGGAGAGCCUGAGCCCCGCCUCCUCCCACUCUAGCCCCGCCCACGGGCGGCACCGCUUCCCCGCGGAGAGGGACAGCUCGGAGACGCUGUCCACGUCCCGGGGCUCGGUGUCCACGGUGGACACGGAGCGGCUGGUCCGCGCCUUCGGGUCGGACCGGGUCCGGAGGAGUCUGACCCCGGGGUCUCCCUCCCUCGAGAGGCUCUACCACGCCAUCCACCAGCAGAGGGAGGCUGGGUCUGUGUCGUCGGCCACCAGCUACGUCCUGACGGACCCCAGGACCGGGGCGCCGCUGGGGGUCCGGCUGGUCAACAGAGGCGUCCAGGCAGGGGAUCUGGAGUUUGUGAGCCACGCCACCCGUCGCAACACCCGUGACGUGGGCACCACCUUCCCCUCCCCCGCCGACCCCCGCCGCGACCCCCAGGUCUCCGUCAAAGAGAGGAGGGGCAGCAGGAGGAGCCAAUCCAAACCCCUCACCAAGGGGGUUACCUGGUUCGUCGCCACCGAAGACGAGCCGUCAGACGACCGGAAGGAGAACCGCCCGGAGAAGUGGGCGGGGCCUCGGCAGCAGGAGGGGGAGGGGCCUGGCAGGGGGCGGGGCUCGGUCUGGUUCGAGGCCUACUGCAGGAGCCAACCCUGGAGGGAGCCUCUGAGAGAGAGACAGGUCCAUGAGGACGUAACCGGCCGAGACCAGGCGGUCCGUAGCGACCCCCGACCAGACCAGGAACCCCUCGCCAAGACCACCUCCUCGCGUCUGGUCCCCCUCUCUCUGCAGGACUCUCUGGCCCUGCGGAGGCCGGGGUUCGUGUCCCGGUCCCGGGAGCGUCUGCGCCGGCUGGCCCUGCAGGCGGAGGAGAGGAGGCUGCAGGGCCCGUACUGCGAGGACGGGGAGCAGCGGCCGUACCGGGCCCAGGGCCCCUCCUGGAGGGCCCCCCACCCCACAGGGGCGUCCAGGAGAGCGGUCCCCAGGAAGGAGAUGAUCCUCCGCUCCAAGCUGAUCUACGAGCAGCUUCCGGAAGUGCAGAGGAGGCGCAAGGAGGAGCAGCGGAGGAAGGAGUACAGCUCCUACAGACUCAACGCUCAGCUCUUCAACAAGAGAAUCACCUCCAGGGUCCUCGCCCGGCGUCCUGCCUGGCAGGCGUUCUGAACCAACGAGUCGCUCCUCCACAACGCCUGCAUUACACCGGGUUUCAUACUUCCUUUCAUACUAGAUGUACUUUAGUAGCUGAGACGUGUGUGUUGUUGAUUAUGAACUAGCUGUGAACAGAUUUUUGUAGAUGAAUAACAAUAAAGUCUGUAUUUUAUAAUGUUGCGGUCUUGGCGCAGACUGAGUUGUUUUAAUCUUUUUACUUUUUUAAUAAAAAAAAAAAAUACAGUUUUUGAUCGAGUCUUGAAACGUGUCAGUCAUGUCAUUUCAAAAACCCACACAAGGCCGGCUUGGUCCUACCGUUGUCUUUAUUGAUCGAUUGGUUGAUUUACUGAUUAGCAUGAAGCGGUGCACAGAGAUACAGGUUACAGGGUCCACCUAGCAGUCCCUAGCUCUGCCCGCUACCUCCAUCACGGCAGACUUUAACCACGGGGACACGAGGACCGUACGGCGGAACAGCAGGGGUUAAUGUGCACAUGCACUAUGCUCACAAAUGAGCAAAAAUGAAUGAAAUAACUCCUAGAAUUAAAUAUAUAUAUAUAUAUAUAACAUGGCAUCAUCUACAUAAUACUGUGUAAAAA